AGUGGUGUCGUACGUACGUACGUACAUGUACGUGUUCAAUGCCAGUUGUGUGCUGUGGAACGGCAGUUUCAGCAUGUUUAUCACAACUUUUCCAUCGUAUAAUUUGUUUCAAGGGAAAGGUCUAAACACAAAUAUUGAUUUAACAACAAACACUGGAAGUUCGAAAUGCAAUGCUAACACAGUAGAACUGGCCAGGUUCCCAAAUCUUCUUGGAAAUAUGCGUCAAUAUUACUAGCGUCUGGAGACUGUUCAAAAGAGAAGGAUUUUUCCCCAGUCUGAAGUAAAGUCCUGCAUAUAAUCACCCGCCUCGAAAAUUAGCAACAGACAUGGGUUGUGGGAGUUCACAAAGUGCGUCCACCUCAAGUCUUGGCUCGGCAAGUGAUAAGCGGAAACAGGACAACUCUUCCGCGUCGUUACGGAAACAGGUCCUGAUAAACCAGAGCGAGACCAAGUCACAUGACAGCCAGUCCGUGGGCGGGGACAAUGCUGGACAGAGGGCGGAUAGUCGGAGUACUUGUAGGGACAGCGGGAUCGAUAGUGCAAAGACCAGUGAUGGCAGGAGGGCUGUGAUAAGACAGGCUUCGCUGCGGUCGCCAGACCAGCCAGAUCAAGGAAGGGGAGACGGGACAGAUUCCAGACAAAAAGCUGUGCCUACGCCAGUUGCCUUUGAAGUUGUGAUGGGGGAAACAAAGGGACAGAGCAUAGUUAAACAACACCCUCCAAAACGGUUACAGAUGAAGCUGUUGGAUGGCAGUGAACCGAAGGUGACAGCGGAGAUGCUAGCAGAGAGACAGCGAGUUGCUGAAGAAAGAAGAUUUGAGGAGCUACAGAAGAGAGCCAAGAGUGCCAAGACAACAUCAAGAAGACGGAAGGACAUCUUGGCCGCUAGGGAUUUUGGUGACAAUCAGACAGCUGAAGCACAUCAAAAGAGGCUGGAAGAGAAGAACCACUCAGCAGAGAAGAACCGUGCUAAGCACCAGGCAGAAAUGCAGGCUAAGCAGAAGAUGAGAGAGUUGAGAGCGGCCCAGGCAAGGGAGAAGGCUAGACGGUUAAAUGAAGCUAUUGAGGACGAGGCUAACUUUGACGUGGAGAAAGACGAGACAUUCAACGCGGAUGAUGAGUCUGACUCCUGGCUGGAUGGAGCCAACAAUGCCAACCUUCCGGACGUCAAAGGCUCGGCCUCCACCAACAACUCAGAGAGAAUCUACGAUGGUCGCAGCAGCCCCACCAAAAGAUUCCAACCGUUGUCCAGCGCCGAGGUCCGACGACGGCAACACAGCCUCGGCAGUGACAGCGACGACGAAGCAAGUGCAGGGAACCAGUGGGCCAGCCAUGCAUUAAACACAUCCAAUAACACUGGUACUCAAGAUAACUUCUUUGAAACGUAGCCCAUUGUAUUACUAGCCUUGGCGUUAUUUGUACAAAACUGUAUACAGUGUAUAAAUCAGAUUUUUAUGUGAGUUUUCUAUGAUGUAAGGAUUGUAUUCCGUCCGUUUCUGGUGCCUUCACUUUUUUGUUUCUUAGAGAUUUAUAACACAAAAGAUUGUUAUUUUUUCCUCUUUCAUUGCAUUUGUACUUAUAACUACUUAGAUUUUUGUGAGUUGAUAUCUUGUUUUGUUUUUCGGGAAGUAGGUGGAGCUCUUUUUUCCUUCUUUGGGAAGGAGGUGGACUGUUCAUCCAUUUGAUCAAAAAAAUACUUGGAAGACAUGAAAUAAAAUGUGUAAGGAAUAAACAUUGGUGCUUGCAUUCUAAAUUCCUCAAAAAUUCUAAAGAUGUAAACUACAGUAUUCCUGCAUUGACAGAAAUGCAGAACAGUAUGUUAAUUUAUGCCAGAUUUAAUGAUUUAAUCUUAGAGUGUCUUUAAAUGAGAUCACCACUUUUAAGACUAAUUAUUAAAUACCUUGAAGAGUUGAUAGCUUCGUCUCGGUCCAUUAACAGUGGUCAUUCUCAAACCCGGUCAUUAUCAAGCAGUGAAGACCGGGUCCUGGCACUGUUAUUCCUUCAGUAACUCUUCUUAAAAAAAAAAUUAAAAAUAUUUUUGCCUUCCUAUUUGCCUCAAUUUGAGUAUCACUCUGAACACGAAUUUCGUUUUUCGCUACCAGAGCAUUCAAUUCCAUUUCAGUUCAAUAAAUUAAGUGAUUGAGCAGCACCUUUCGUUUAUAUCCAUUCAGAUUUGUUUACAAAACUUCUUUUUCGCUUUUAAAGGGCGAUUUCAAACAUCCACCAUUCUAUUUCACUUUUAGUUUAAUGCUAUCAGCACCAGAUACAAUUUGGGGUGUCUUUUUCAUUAACUGUCAAUCAAAUUAGAUUGUUCCUGAAAUCAAUUUAGAAAAGGUAUGCUUGCAUAAAUGAAUGUAACGUAAUUGGCUGUCUGUUUCUCAAAACGGAAUGCACGGACAAUGAAAACGAUUGAACUUUCGUUGAAUUGAAAUGGGGUUAAGGACGUGCAUUCAAAUUUAGACAAAAAUGAAUGACAUAUUUUCAGAGGUAAAAGAACAUUUCAGGAAAUUGGCCGGGAAAACCUAUGAUAAAUUUCCUUGGUAAAAAAUUGAUGGGAUCGAGUAAGUUCAGAAAAGCUGCGGAUGCACUUGUUGGGAUUCAAAACCAAGACCUCAGAGUUGGAAGGCAAGGAAAGUAGCAGCGUUUUGACAUAUUCUAUUGUCUGUCAAAUCCAGUCUGUAGAAAAGUUACGCCUUCAGAUAAUUUAAUUCAAUUUCGCCAUUUUUAAAAUUAUUUUUAACAGAAGUUUUUAUUAUUUUUAACUGAGGCAAUUUCUUGUCUUCUAUGCGAACGUUAUACGUGUGUGUGACAUUUGGUGUAAAGUUUGUUUAUGUGAAGAAAUGAUGUGUGCUUGGUGUGGAAGAUUCAGGUACUGUUUGUUGCCAAGAAAUUGGCCCACUUUAACUGAAAUUUGAAUAAACAACAGUUCAACUUAUUUUCACUAGAUUCACUUUUUGGGGGUUGGUUUGCAUUUUGUGCUUGUUGUAGUGUUUUUAUACACAGCAACAUUUAAACAUUCAUUGUAGCAGUGAAAAAGCUUGAAAACACAAAAACAAAGUAAAUUAAACCAUCGGCAAAUUCAGGGUUUGUAAACAUAUAUUGAUGGAAUUCAAUAAAAUAUAAAAAGAGAAAAAAAAAAAAAAUUCUUAAAGCGACCACUGCAUGAAAACCGUGAACAUGAAUUUCUAUCUUAAAUGACCUUGUCGUACAUACAGAAACUUUUACAAAAACAUUUAUUUUAAUUAAUAGAAACAGUUUAAUUAUUAUUUUGUAAAUUGGUUUAUUGUUAACUUUAUUUCAAGUAAGCAAUACAAUCUGUUGUAGUAAUUUUUUGGGAGAUUGAAAUGUUAAACUUGUCUCAGUACUGGGUCUAUUAUUUUGUUUCCCUUCUCCAAUGUGUGCCAUAUCAAACCUGUUGCAGAAUGUAAAUAAUGUUGUUUAUGCUCAUUAUGGAAUAGUGAAUAUAUUUGGACAAGUAUUGAGAAUUUCUAGCCAAACACGCUUUCCUCCAUGUUUUUUUUUUUGCAAAUGGGAUCGGAACCAAUGAUCUGGUACACGGUACCCUGUGGAGACAUGUGCACAAUCGGGAACAAAAGAUUGUAUACGUCUCCACAAGGUUAUCACCAAAUAGAUGAUAUGGAUUUAUCAUUUUACUCAAACACUAGGAAUUUCCAAGGUGUGUUGAUCUGUCGCAAAUUGAAGUAUUUUAUUAAGUCCGAAUUUCAACACAGGAAAUUAAGUCUGGUUAAAAUAGGAGAAUUUUGAAAGUACACUUUCAAACUCGAAAACUUUAGUACACAAAGAAAUGACUCCACAAGGACACAAAUUUCAGUACGUACAUGACUGUGUUUGUCAUCAGUAACGAUCUGUGUGAAAUAGAUUGGCAUUACACGACCAUUAAAUACUCAUUGGCUGAUUUGCAGUGCGAAUUGGAA